AUCCCAAAACAGCCACGGAAACAGAAACAGAGAUCUGUGCAGAGUGGGAGAUAAAGACCAUUACUAGUGCACUGAAAACCUACCUGAGAAUGCUUCCGGGGCCGCUCAUGAUGUACCAGUUUCAAAGGAGCUUCAUCAAAGCAGCAAAGCUGGAGAAUCAGGAGUCGAGGGUAUCCGAGAUCCACAGCCUCGUUCAUCGGCUCCCGGAGAAAAACAGGCAGAUGCUGCACUUGCUCAUGAACCACUUGGCAAAAGUUGCAAAUAAUCACAAGCAGAACCUGAUGACUGUAGCUAAUCUGGGUGUGGUAUUUGGGCCAACACUGCUUCGACCUCAAGAGGAAACAGUCGCUGCCAUUAUGGACAUCAAAUUUCAGAACAUCGUGAUUGAAAUUUUAAUAGAGAACCACGAGAAGAUAUUUAACACGGUGCCAGAGACUCCGCCAUCGAACUCGCAGCUGCUGUUAUCUCGCAAGAAGAGCACGGACUCGAAGCCUCCCUCCUGCAGCGAGAGACAGGAGAACAGGAACAGUAUCAUCAACUCCAGCCUGGAAUCCGUCAUCUCUUCAAAUGUAAACAGCUUCCUCAACUCCAACAGCGCUGCCCAGCCCAGCCUGAACUCAAGUGAUCUUGAACUAGAAGUAAUUAAACCCACCAGGCCCAAUUCACUAAGGAUCACUAAGGACUCGAAAUGGCCGAGUGCCAGGGCGGCUACUGGUAGAGAUGCUCUGGGCGUGGGGAGCUCCAGCUCCGCAUCUCACCCACUCUCCAGUCCUUUAAGAAAAUCACUUUGCUGCGGUGGCUCUGCAGUUCAUCCCUGUGAAGCCUCUGGUGUGGGUGUAUCCCUGCAGAUAACCAACACCUUG